AUGGGAAAACCACGGAUGAUUAUUCUCGUUCGCCAUGCACAGUCCGAAGGAAACAAGAACCGCGACAUCCAUCAAACAACUCCAGACCACCGGGUGAAGCUUACCCCCGAAGGUCAUCGACAAGCUCAAGAAGCAGGUCGCCGCCUGCGAAACCUUCUUCGCCCCGAUGAUACCCUUCAUUUCUUCACAUCUCCGUACCGGCGGACAAGAGAGACGGCUGAAGGUAUCCUGCAAUCGUUAACCUCCGACGACCCAUCGCCCUCUCCAUUUCCAAGACAAGGGAUCAAAGUCUACGAGGAACCUCGACUUCGAGAACAAGACUUUGGCAAUUUUCAGCCCUGCUCGACUGAAAUGGAACGUAUGUGGAUGGAACGAGCAGAUUAUGGCCAUUUUUUCUACCGAAUACCCAACGGCGAAUCUGCCGCCGAUGCGUAUGACCGUGUCAGCGGGUUCAACGAGUCUCUAUGGCGACUUUUCGGUGAGGAAGAUUUUGCUAGUGUAUGUGUCCUCGUCACACAUGGUCUCAUGACCCGGGUCUUCCUUAUGAAAUGGUACCACUGGAGCGUGGAAUACUUUGAGGAUCUUCGAAACAUCAACCACUGCGAGUUUGUGAUUAUGACUCUCAAUCCGGACAAUGGCAAAUACACCCUUGAAAAUAAACUGCGCACAUGGUCCGACCUACGUCAGGAGAGAGAACGGGAGGCACAGCAGGAGCGGGAGAAGAACGGGCAACAACUUACUCGUCAGAGCUCUUCAAGCCAUGUCCCGAUUCGUCGAAAAUGGGGAGGCUGCCCGGAUGGAUGCACCCACGGAAUGAGCGGGGAUGUCCAAAAAUCACUUCGUGCGCAGCUGAUGGAAUCAAUGCAUCGAAGUGCUGGACAUGUUCGGGGCAGCAGUGAUACAUAUCCUGAUCAACCUUCACCGCUCAAGCAGUCGGCCUCGAUGGCUGAUAGCAUAGAAGGAUCCUUUCCCUUCCCAAACGAUAAAAGUAUAGCCGCUCUACAUGAACCUGCCAACAGGUCCCAUCAGACCAGUCCUUCUGCUGAAGAGGUCGAUGGAACCGACCGUCAGAGGUCAGACCCCAGUGUCGGUACUCGCAAGCGUCCUGUCCGGCCAAGUCUGGGUCUUCAUCGGGACAGUGAGGACCAUCUCCUUCAUCCUCCGGUCUCAGCUUCUGCAACAGCAAAUCUGAAGCUAGCGCUGCUCCAUCUCGGAGGACGGGAUGGAGGUGGUUCUUUGAGCGGUGCAAAUAGUCUUGCCCCAUCCGAGGAUGAAGGUGACCAUAACGACGACGCUUCGAAAAAUCACCCUCACCAUCAUCACCACCAUCACCAUCACCACGUCCACAAGAAUACCAAAAGCACUGAAGAUUCCGCUCCCCAUAAAACGAUUUUGCAUCUCCAAAAGAAUAUCUCAACCCAUCCAGUCUCUCUGUCCCACCCUUCCCAGGACGCCGAGGAUGAUGGUGACGAUGAGCUGAGCUUACAUCAGAUAAAGGCUUCAAGAAAACGCACGCAGCAUGCUCAAAGCCAGAUGCAGUCCCACAAUCCUACUCUCCCGGAUGCUGGAACCCACCCCCACGGGACAAAUUCAUCAUCCACCGCGCGAAAUGCCCAAUGCCCUCGGGCAAACACGCUCGGUGAUGGCGACGACGAGACCUCAGACUCAAACGCACAAAGUUCCCAUAUCGUCGAGACCUCCGUAUCCCUGACCGACCAGAGUCAGACAAUGGAUUCUGCGAGUGGAUCAGAUGCGCUGGAGGCGCAGCGGCGGGAGGAUCAGAGUAUCCAGGGAAGUGUGUACUGA